GAGUCAAGGCUGCGCUGUAAAUGAACACAGAUAAACGUUUUUGGUGCCUAACUGUUUUACAAGUAUAUUAGUGCAUGUGGGAAUGUAUAAAGUAGAAGAAUUAACUUACAUUUGUAGAAAGGCGCUUUAUGAAAGUAAGUAGAUUUACUUGUAUUCAUUUACAGUGCAGCCUUGACACAUCAAACAUGGCGGCGACGUUGACGUACGGCUCAGUGCACCAAACAAUCUUUUUCCUGUAUUGGAUGUGGGGUGCUCUAGAGUAGACCUUUGCUAUGUUUGGUUAGGUACACGACAAACGGGCAUUACCUGUAUCUAAUAGCUUGUUUUUGCUCUCGCACUGAAUCAGAACACCGUGUAUUAUUAAAAUCAACCAGAGCUUUGUGUUUGUUUAAGGCGAGACCAAAUUUAAUUCAUUUGCUUGCGAUACAGUAAAAAGGAGGCUGGCGAGGCAGUCGGCUACUUCUGCUCUUGAGUUUGAAGAUAUGCGGCACUCCCUCCUGGAACCUUGUCUUCUCCUGCUCCUGCUCCUGGCGCUAUGGAGUGACGUCAGGGGGGAGGACAGGAGGCCCAACUUCGUCCUCAUCAUGGUGGACGACAUGGGAAUUGGGGAUGUGGGUUGCUACGGUAAUGACACCAUCAGGACCCCCAACAUAGACAGGCUGGCCUCUGAAGGGGUGAAGCUGACGCAGCACAUCGCAGCCAGUCCUGUGUGCACGCCAAGCCGUACCGCCUUCAUGACAGGACGCUACGCUAUCCGUUCAGGGAUGGCAGGAUCUGGCCCGCCACAUGUGCUGCUCUUCCUCGGUGGUUCAGGCGGACUGCCACCCAGUGAGACCACCUUUGCUAAGAGGCUGCAGCAACAAGGGUACACCACUGGCUUAGUUGGUAAAUGGCACCUCGGCGUCAACUGUGAACACAGAGGAGAUCACUGCCACCACCCUAAUCACCACGGCUUCAGCUUCUUCUACGGCAUGCCUUUCACCUUGGUCAACGACUGUGUUCCAGGAAUGGGAACACAUGUCAUGGCUCCCCUUCAGCAGACAUUCAAAAAUCUGUCCAUGUUGCUCGGAAUUGGACUCCUCACACUGGUAUUUAUUCGUGCUUGCGGCUUUUUUGACAUCAGCCUACGGCUGUUGGCCGCACUCUUCUCAUUUGGCAUCCUGGUGACUGCGGUGUGGUACGUGCCCUUUCACUUCCUGCGCCGUUGGAACUGCAUCAUCAUGAGGGACCAGGAGGUGGUGCAGCAGCCGAUGACGAUGGAGACCUUGCCCUUUAGGAUGCUGACAGAAGCGCAGCAGUUUGUGAAGAGGAAUGCUCAUCAGCCGUUCCUUCUGUUUUUCUCACUGCUACAUAUCCACACCCCGCUCUUCAACACUCCUGCCUUUUCUGGCAAAAGCCGCCAUGGUCGCUAUGGUGAUAACAUGGAAGAGUUGGACUGGAUUGUCGGUGAACUAAUACAGACUGUGGAUUCACUGGGCAUGGCCAACAACACUCUAAUAUACUUGACGUCAGACCACGGUGGACACCUGGAAAACUCUCACCCUCUGAUUGGCCAGGGAGGAGGAUGGAACGGCAUCUAUCGAGGUGGGAAAGCAAUGGGGGGCUGGGAAGGCGGCAUCAGAGUUCCUGGUAUUUUCCGCUGGCCCAGCAGACUGGCAGCUGGAAGAGUGGUGGACGAGCCCACCAGCCUCAUGGAUCUGUACCCCACACUGAAAUAUCUAGCCCAAGACACCCAAUCAGACAGACACGUAGACGGUCACAACCUUAUGCCGCUGUUGGAGGGCAAGGUGGAUCGUUCGGAGCAUGAGUUCAUGUUCCAUUACUGUGGCAGCUACCUGAACGCAGCACGCUGGCACCCACCUGGCAGUCCUUCCAUCUUCAAGCUGCACUUUUUCACCCCAAACUUUUCCCCCCCGGGAGCUAUUGGUUGCUACGACACCAACCUAUGCCAGUGUCACGGAGAUGGCGUGACGCACCACGACCCACCGUUGCUCUACGACCUCUUCCACGACCCCUCGGAGUCGCGCCCACUGAGCCCCGAUACGGAGCCGCGCUACGCAGAGGUCCUCCAUCAGACAGCCAAAGCCAUUGAGAAACAUCAACGCUCCAAACAGGACGUUCCGAACCAGAUGACCUGGGAGAAGAUUCUGUGGAGACCGUGGCUCCAACCUUGUUGUGGAACAUUCCCGUUCUGUGGCUGCAAAGAAGACACCACACCAAGAAGUCCACGGCAGAAGGACUCAGCGUCAUCAUUCAUCAUCAUCAGCACUUGGCCUGUCUCCCUCCAGCAGUGGCUGUCAAAGCAUCAAAGUUGGCUGCAGCAGAAGCCAAUAAUUGCUCUCCUUCUCCCAAGACUGAUCUCCUUCCUCCUCCAUCUUCUCCAAACUGCACCCUUCAUCUCCUUCUAUUCUUCCCGCUCCUCCUCCUGCUGCGCCUGCGGAUAUUCCGCUUGCAUCUGCAAGUAAGUCGGGAAACGUCACGUACAUCAUUACUGUAAUCG